CCUGAAGAGACCAUAGAUGAGGAAGCAUUAUCUCAGACCCAUACUGACGAGCCCCAACUACACCUAGCAACAGUUCAGGGAAAAGAAGAAGAAAAACUUUCAUCCAGUUCUCUGGGUGGGAGCAUGUGUGACCUCCUACUCCUCUGACUGGUGUAUCUGUGAGAAGGGACUGUAUUCUAUCAUUUCCUGCAUGACUUCAGCUGCUAGUAAACCCAGCACAGUGGGAUAGGUUUAUCUGUGUAUAGAUUGUAAUUGUGUUCACUGGGUGCUAGGCUAGUGCUUCAGUAGUUUUAGCUGUUAUGAAUGCUGUUAACUUCACAUAAAGCCACAGGAGGAUAUAAGUGAUAACCUGCCAUUGUAACAGAUAUCUUCACUGGUCCUAUACAUAACCUCCAGGUAGGAAUGAGAUCACGAAACCAAGGCGGAGAAAGCUCACACAUCACAAACUGCAGCAAUGGAAAUUCAUUGGAAGAUGAAAAUAUCAAUGAGCAAUCCAAAACUAAGAAUAAAUCUCAUAAAAAUAAAGAGGAUGAGGUCCUGGUUUUGGGAACAGUUAAAAGACACCUGAAAUCAACUGAGAAGAACAAAAAAUCCUGUGAACCAACCAAGGAAGAUCUUGUUAAGCUGCUUAGUGUAAUGGAAGGGGAGCUACAGGCUAGGGAGGAUGUUAUCCAUAUGCUAAGGACAGAGAAAACCAAACCUGAAGUUUUGGAAGCUCAUUAUGGAUUUUCUGCUCCAGAGGAUGUGCUUAGAAUCCUACACAGAGAUGCUCUCCUCGCUAAAGAGAAAUCCAUAGGAGAUGAUGUCUAUGAGAAACCUAUGGCAGAGCUGGACCGGCUUGAGGAAAAGCAGAGAGAAACGUACCGUCGCAUGUUAGAGCAACUCCUUUUGGCAGAGAAAUGCCAUCGUCGGACAGUGUAUGAACUGGAAAAUGAAAAGCAUAAGCACACAGACUACAUGAACAAAAGUGAUGAUUUCACAAAUCUGCUGGAGAAAGAACGUGAAAGGUUGAAGAAGCUACUUGAACAGGAAAAAGCUUAUCAAGCAAGAAAAGACAAAGAAUACACCAAACGACUGAAUAAAGUCAGAGAUGAGUUGGUAAAGCUGAAAUCAUUUGCACUCAUGCUAGUGGAUGAGAGACAAAUGCAUAUUGAACAGCUUGGACAGCAAAGCCAAAAGAUACAAGAUCUUACUCAAGAACUGCAAGAAGCUGAGUCGAAGAUAAAAGUGGUUUCUUCUAAAGCCAAUGAGGAUAAUCAAAAACUUAUUAGAUUGCAAGUGGAUCUUGAGCACAAAACAUCCAAAUAUUCUCAAGAGAAUGAGGAAAUGACAACUAAAUUGGCAGCUCAGGAGACAAAUAAUAGACAACUUCGGCUUAAGUUGGUAGGACUCAAUCACAAAAUUGAAGAGUUAGAGGAAGAAAACAAAAACCUUCAAAAAUCUGAAAAUGAGUUGAAAGAAUUGAGAGAAAAAAUAAGUAGAGGAGAAUGUGGAAGUUCCAGUUUAAUGGCAGAAGUAGAAAAUCUGCGUAAACGUGUACUGGAAAUGGAAGGCAAAGAUGAAGAAAUAAUAAAGACAGAAACUCAGUGUAGAGAGCUACAAAAGAAACUCCAAGGAGAAGAACAUCAUAGUAAGGAGUUGAAACUGGAGGUUGAAAAGUUACAGAAAAGAAUGUCUGAACUGGAAAAAUUAGAGGAAGCUUUCACAAAAAGCAAAUCUGAAUGUUCCCAGCUUUAUAAUAAGUUGGAUAAAGAAAAGUCCCAGACAAGGGAUUUAUUAAGGGAAGUUGAUAUGUUGAAAGCUCGGCUUAAAGAUCUUGAAUCAGUGGAAGCAAGACUAGAGAAAGCAGAACACAGUUUAAAAGAUGAUUUGACCAAGCUUAAGUCCUUUACUGUAAUGCUUGUUGAUGAAAGAAAAAUUAUGAUUGAAAAGAUAAAGCAGGAAGAGUGUAAAGUUGAUGACCUAAAUAGACGCUUGAAAGUUGAACAAGGAAAAGUUAUGGAAGUGACUGAAAAACUGAUAGAUGAAAGCAAAAAGCUUUUAAAACUGAAGUCUGAGAUGGAAGAAAAAGUCUAUAACUUGACAAAAGAGAGAGAUGAAGCCCUUAGCAAACUAAGAAGUGAAGAAGAAAAGAAUUGUCAGUUAAGUUGCAAAACUGAUUUGUUAAUUAAACGAGUAGAAAACAUGGAGAUUUCAGAAAGAGAGGCAGCACGCAACAGAGCAAAAAAAAGUCUUGAUCUAACCCGCCAUGAAGACAACAAAAUCAAAGAAUUGCUUCUGGAGAUUGAAAGGCUUAGGAAUCGCCUUCAGCAACUGGAGGUGGUUGAAGGAGAUUUGAUGAAGACGGAAGAUGAAUAUGACCAAUUGGAACGUAAAUUUAGAACUGAACAGGACAGAGCUAAUAUACUUUCUCUGCAGCUGGAAGAACUAAAAAAUCAGAUUGCAAAAAACAAAGCUAUUGAGAAAGGAGAAUCAAUAACACAGGAGGCUGAACUUCGACAUAAAGUCCGUCUCGAGGAAGCUAAAAAUAGAGAUUUGAUAUCAGAAGUGCAAGCACUUAAGGAAAAAGUACAUGACAUGAUGAACAAAGAAGACCAGCUUUCACAACUUCAGGUAGACUAUUCUGUUCUUCAGAAAAGGUUUAUAGAAGAAGAAAAUAAAAACAAAAACAUGGGUCAAGAUGUAUUCAAUUUAACUAAGGAGUUGGAGGUUUCAAAACGCUAUAGCCGUGCUAUAAGACCAAGCAUGAAUGGCAGAAGAAUGGUGGAUGUUCCAGUAACAUCUACAGGAGUUCAAACUGAUGCAGUGACUAGUGACAUGAUUGAAGAAGAAACACCAGCAGUGUUCAUAAGAAAGUCGUUCCAAGAAGAGAAUCAUAUCAUGAGUAACUUAAGGCAAGUAGGACUUAAAAAGCCUACAGAAAGGUCACCUGUUCUAGAAAGGUAUCCACCUGCUACCAAUGAAAUAAGGAAAUCUUGGAUUCCCUGGAUGAAAAAAAGAGAAAAUGGUACACCAGUCACACCUGAGAGAAUAAUUUGCCCAAAUACUACUCCAGGACAAUCUGGAGAAGUUUUUCUUUCUCCAAAGCAAGGUCAACCUCUUCAUAUAAGAGUUACUCCAGAUCAUGAAAACAGUACAGCAACUUUGGAGAUAACUAGUCCCCCACCAGAGGAUUUCUUUUCCAGCACUACUGUAAUACCCACACUGGGAAAUCAGAAACCCCGGAUUACAAUUAUUCCUUCUCACGGUGUUAUUACACACAAAGGGAAAGGAGCUGACAUGCCACUAUCCCCAGAAAGGUCUAUGUCUCCUGUCACAAUCACCACUUUCUCAAGAGAAAGGCCCUCAGAUAGUGGAAGAUCUUCUUUUAGUGAAAGGCCAUCAUCACCGAUUCAGAUACUAAGUGUUGCCACAUCUGCAGCACCACCUGAGAUAUCAGUAUCUCCAGAUUUCCAUGAAAUGACUAUGGGACGUGCUGUAUUUAAAGUCACUCCUGAAAAACAAACAGUUCCCACUCCAAUAAGGAAAUUUAACUCUAAUGCAAAUAUUAUUACCACUGAAGAUAAUAAAAUUCAUAUCCACUUAGGUUCCCAGUUCAAAAGAAAUCAUGGCAGUUCCUCAGAGGGGACAGCUCCAGUAAUAACUGUUAGACCUAUGAAUGUAGGGACUGAACACAAGGAGGUUACAACUGGCACUGUCCUUCGGUCUCCUAAAACUAAUAUAUCUACUAGACCUUCAACCAACAAAGUAACUAGUAGCAUUACUAUCACCCCUGUAACAACGUCAUCUACUCGUGGAACCCAAUCAGUGACAACACAGGAUGGGUCAUCCCAACGUCACACCCCCACCCGUAUUCCCAUGACAAAAGGUAUGAAAGCAGUAAAGCCAAUAAUGGCAGCACCAGGAGCAGGAAAUCUGUCAAAAUUUGAGCCACGUGGCGAGAGUCAGUCUAUGAAAAUAGAACUGAAGAAGUCUUCAGCCAGCAGCUCUGCCCCUCUCGGAGGGGGGAAGGGCUGAGGCUUAGCCUCAGGGAGAGCAUUGUAAUACAUCAACUGCGUAUGAACACUAGAUGAAAAGCGAUGGAAACAAGUCUACUGAAUCCAAGAUUGUCAGAUAAUUGCUGAAAUUCACACUGUGACAAUAUUAUUGCUGAUCUUUAUACUACUGACACCAUAAUAUGUUUCCUUUGUGGAAAUAUGUUGGCCGUGGUUUGCUUUAAUAACGUCAUAGAAAGGGAGUGCUAUUUUAUACGAUUUUUGGUUGGUCCGAUACUUUGUAGAAAUGUUUCUUUGUAAGAUUCUUAACUUAUUUGUCAACUGUUUAGAAAAUGAUAUUCAUAUCAGUUAGUGUAUAUUUUACACUAUAUAUGGCAGCAAUCAAGUGUACCAUCCAGUGUGGGUGAAACUAUGUGGUUGAGAAAUAUACUUUUAAAGUUCAUAUCACACGUAAAUGUCAUAUUUUGUUCAGAGCAGAUUUAAAA